CACAGCAAUGUCAAACGACGCGGUUGGUGCUGGCAAUCUGUGCUCUGUAGAUUUUGAGAUAUUUGGACAUGUCCAGGGAGUCUGCUUCAGAAUGUACUCUGAGGAAGAGGGCCAGAGGCUGGGCCUUGUUGGUUGGGUGAAAAACACCCACAAGGGCACUGUGGUGGGCCAGGUUCAGGGGCCGCCUGAGCAAGUCAAAGAAAUGAAGGUGUGGCUGAGCCACGAAGGCAGUCCUGGAUCACGCAUCACCCGCGCCAUCUUCUCCAAUGAGAGGGUCAUCCCCAAGCUGGAGAUCUCUGGAUUCUGCACACGCUACUGAGUCUUACAGCCCACCCCCUUCAGACCUACCACUGUCCUUAACACCACCCCCUUCCCAACCUCCCCAGAUCUUACACCUCUCCCCAACACCCAUACAACUCCACCCCCACCACCCACACCCUCGACCUUUACCCAGCCCCCACAUCCUACACCUCUCCCCACCCCCCCAACACCUUACACCCCCUCCCCUUCCUUAACAGUGCCAUCCUACACCAACACCUCACACCUUGCACCUGCCC